AUGAAGGCCUCCAUGAUCAUCUCUUCUGCUGCUCUCUUCUUCGCCGGUGCUCUUGCCGCCCCAGCGACCGCCCGCUCUGCUUCCCCCGUUUUCACGGUUCAACUCGCCAACGACCUCUCUGGCAAGAACGCCAACGCCGAUGUCCCCGUCAACGGCGGAGCCCGCACAUUCGGCCAGCUCUUCGGUGCUGCUUUUGGCCCCAAGGUCCUCGCUACUUCAAUCCAAGCCGUGAGCCCCGGUGCCGGCGGCAACAACGUGCAAUGCGUCCUCAUUGACCCUGCCGCCCCAGCCUUCGGUGUGGUCCUUAACUCCUGGAACACCUUUGUCGACCUCGACGGCAACGUUGACAAGGCUAUUGAGACCGAUGUUACUGCCUUCACUAUCGAGUGCUUCUUGUAA